AUGGCUUCUAGGAGUCGCACACUUCACACCAUUUACGGCCAAUACCGUACUGCAGCGGCUGUCAGCAGGGCAGCUAAUGCCGAUUACAUCCCGUUGAACGGCGAUCGUAACAUCAAUGCCGUACACCCAAUUCCGAUUGACUGGCUGGACGAAGAGCUAUUGCCGAGCGAGCGCGAUCAAGUCCGGGAACAUGUUGCGUCUCUACUGAGUAGUCAGCGACGCCAAGUUCCCAGUUUCGUCGAAGCUUUACAGGGUACCAUGGAGAAUCUGAACACCAUCAGGAAUAGGGGUACAGCUGCUCGCAGCAUUCCCGCGCGUCGAUCUGGAGGCGAGACAAUCGAUCGUCUGGCGGACGACUUCGACACUUUGACCAUGGGACAAGCGCAUGGCGUCAACUCACCGUCACGUAACGUGCGGUUUGCAGAGACGGUUCGGACAGAUCCCGUCCUCACCGACUCCUCGAAGUAUUAUGCGCUCGCCUGGGCAUUCUCGCGCAAACUCAGCUGA